UUUAAGGCUUGCCAAAUUAACUAAAGAGAAAGUGCAGAAUGCGAGUUCAAUCAUUGAACAUUGGGAGCAACUAGCCAUUGAAAUUUCAGAUCUUCUUGAGAACGGGAAGACGCAGCUUGAUAAUACCACUCAUGAGGCAGCUUCUAUUUCUGAUAUUUGCUCUCACAAAAGUUGGAUCUGUGAGCAAUUUGGAAAAGUUAUUAUUGGAAUGUCUAAUAGAGAUUCCUUAAUUAAAAACUACAGAAGAAUUUGGAAGAUGCUUGUUAUGUAAGGCAUGAUAUUGAGUCAAAAUUGAUGACCUUGAGAGGAGCAAUACUGGCUAUUACAGAAGCACAACAGCAAGAAAACUCUGACAAAGAAAGCAGAAUUCUUCAUUUAACUUCACUAUUGGCCGAGAAAACAUCUAUCAUAUCUGAAUUAGAAGACAAAGUUGAAGACGCUGUAAGAAAAGUUAGCAACGUUGAGAUAUGCGCUGCAAUUUUUUUCAUUAUUGUGAAGAAAUUAUAUAAGAUAAAUAAUGUUCAUCUUCAAACAUUGGAUGAGGCCAACUUGCAGCUUAGAGAAUCUGAAAGUGUUAUUCCGCAAAAAGAAGAUAUCAUGCAAGGACAUGCUUCUUUACUCUCUAUUGAAGGCAAAGGAUGUCAAGAUCAAAGAGCACAUGUAGAGCAAAAUUAUCAACAGACCAAUUCUCUAGAGCACUGGAAACAUGAUUAUUUAGAUACCAGUUCGAAGAACAAGGAGGAAAACAUCACAACUCCAGAUUCUUCUUGUGGUUUUGUAGAAGUAAAGAUGAAGCUUCGAGAAAUUCAAAUGCAAAUGAGUGCACUGAAAUCUUGUAUGCAUGAGUAUGCUGAUAACCAAUUUAAAGAGUUGGAGGCGAUGGCAUUCCAACUCAAAACUGAGCUCGUAAUCUCCAACACUGCAAAUCCAACAUUAACGAAAUCUGAAAAAGGCGCAGCAAAAAGUAGAGGCUCUGGUUCUCCUUUUAAAUGUAUAGUGGGACUAGCACAGCAAAUCAACACCGAGAAGGAUGAAGAGUUGACUGUGGCAAGAUGCAAGGUUGAAGAACUCGAAGCUUUAGCUGCAAGCCGACAAAACCAGAUUUUUAUGUUGAAUAUACGCUUAGCAGCAGCUGAGAGCAUGACCCAUGAUGUUCUUCGAGAUUUACUGGGAAUCAAGUUGGAUAUGACAAAAUACGCAAAGAUGAAUGGAGGAUCUCAUUCAGAUGAUUCAAUAAAAGAAAAGGUUUGGUAA